AUGUGUUCAUCGCAGUCUCCUCUCAAUCCACCUCUGCGGAAAGGAAAAAGGGGACAAAAUACGCAGCCCCGCCCCGCCUGGGGCCGCCGCCACACGCAGGAGCCCGGCGCGGCGCGGACCGGCGGCUCCGCGGCCUCUCCCUCCGGGCGCCGCGGCCUCCCGGCAGCCGCGACCCCCGGGACCCCGGAGCGCGGUGCUGCUGCGGGGGUGCCGUCACCGGCAGCGCGGUCGGGCAAGGUGCCCGUGCUCCUCCUGACCCGCGUUGACCCGUCGGCCUAUCUGCGCUCCGGGACCGGCGGGGAGCGGCGCGCCGCGGAGCCUCGGCCGGGAAAGGACAAGGAGAGCUUCGAGCGGCUUUACCGCGUGGGACCGCUGCUGGGGAGAGGCGGCUUCGCGUCCGUGUACUCGGGGCUCCGCCUGUGUGACAACAGCCCGGUGGCGAUCAAACAAGUGGCUCGGGAGCGCAUCUCCUCGUGGGGCGAGCGGCCCAGCGGCACUCGCAUUCCCAUGGAGAUAGCCAUGUUGAGGAAGGUGCGCUCCGGCUGCAGUGCCAUCAUCCAGCUCCUCAGUUGGUUUGAGCUGCCCCACUCCUUUGUGCUGGUUCUGGAGCGUCCGGAGCCAUCGCAGGACCUCUCCGACUUCAUCAAAAAACGGAGGUUCCUGCCCAAGGAUCCGGCGCGGGGCAUUUUCCUCCAGGUGCUGGUGGCUGCGCGGCACUGCCACAGCCGCGGUGUCCUGCACAGGGAUAUCAAGCCCAAGAACAUCAUCAUCAACUUGGCCACCAGAGAGGUCAAGCUUGCUGACUUUGGUUGCAGCACCCUCCUCAGGGACACGGUCUACACCAAAUUUAGCGGAACACCUUUGUACUACCCGCCGGAGUGGUUCCGCUGGCACUGCUACCACGGCCGUCCGGCGGCGAUCUGGUCCCUGGGCGUGCUGCUGUAUGAGAUGGUGUGCGGGGUCCUCCCCUUCCGGUGCUGCGAGGACAUCGUCAGCGGGCAGCUCUUCUUCCAGCGCCGGAUCUCUGUCGAAUGCCAGCACCUCAUCAGGUGGUGCUUGUCCAUGAGAGCUCGCGACAGGCCAUCCCUGGACGAUGUGUUCAACCACCCUUGGCUGCAAACUCCACUGCCCCAGGAGACAGCCGCCCUCCACCCUCACAGCCUGAGCCAGCAGCUGGGCAAGUAA